UGUAAUGCUUGUAGCGUAGCACGUGGAUUGUACAGUCUAUGAAUAAGAAAGUUAUUGAUGCAUUAACGUUCAGAUAUAAAGAUGGUGCAACAGAAUUUCCCACGAGGUGGUAAGAAACCCUUGAAGAAAAAUCUGCCAAAUUAUGCAUUGCUGCAAGCUUCAAAGUUGAAAUCACAAAAGUCUAAGAUGAAAAAACGUAAAGGUGAAGAUGCACAAUUGAAAACAGGCAUUAUAGCAAGAGCUGCGCUGAACUUAACGUAUGGCACUUUGACACAAGGAAUGAUAUUGCUGGGUCGAGUGCAGCGUUCUUCCCAGUAUGAUGUGACGAUUUCACUCCCAGGGCGGUUGAGUGGAUUGUUACAAAUCACAGACAUAAGUGAGGCUUAUACAAACCUUCUUCAAAAUCUCGUCUCCUCACAACUUCCUCCACCGGAUUUCAAACCACUCUCCGAUCUUUACAAACGAGGAAAUUAUCUAGUUUGUUAUGUAAAAGUGAUUGAUGUACAAAGUAAACAUAGAGUUAUCCUCUCAGUUCAACCAGAGAUGAUUAAUUUAAAUUUUGAUUCUGGUAAAUUGGCGCCAGGAUCUAGAAUAGCGUGUUCUAUUAGUUGUGUCGAGGAUCAUGGAUACGUGGUGGAUACUGGAAAUAAGAAUCUUCGAGGAUUUCUGAGCAAGAACGAUGUCAAAGUGGGAGUUAAAUACUAUGUUGGACAACAAGUUUUCUGUGUAGUCCGCUCAACAACAACUACCGAGGGCAUAACAACAUUGAAACUCACAACAGAUCCCAAGUUUACGAAUAGUCCUUUAUCAUCAGAAGAUCAACACUUAAAUUCCCUAAUUCCCGGAACUAAAUUGUCUGUCGUUAUAAAAAAACUUCUCCCUGAUGGUCUUCAUAUUUCCUUCAAUAAGGAUAAUAUUGGCUACAUAAACCGUCUAUACCUUGAGAAUCCUCUGGACACCUACGAAGAAGGUUCACAGCUUUUCGCAACGUUCCUUUACACUCUCCCCACAGUGAAAUUUUCGUACUUCACCGAAAUUGCGCUAGAACCCGAGUGUGCAACUCUAACAAUUGGAGAAAUGGAAAAAGCAAAAAUUCUUUUCCAUGAUAGAAAAGGAAUAGCCCUAAGAAUCAAGAAGAAUUUCCGUGGAUACAUGCCCUUGAAGCGUACAGGUGUUGAAUUCGAUCAAAUUCGGGAUAAAUUCCCUCCAAACUCGGUCCAUAAAUGUAGAAUAUUAACAUACGACAAUUUUGAUCGAGUUUAUAUAUGUUCUGCUUUGAAGCAUGAGCUGACCUUGGAAUAUAAAAUCCCAGAGACUGUGACUGCGGGGGACCUUAUGCCAGUCCAAAUAAUCCGCGAAAGCCCUAACAAAUUCCUUUUUGUAAAAUCUGGAAGAAUCCUAGGAGAUGUACCUCCCGAGCAAAUUCGUGACAUCGACGACGCGGUUGUUCCUCUGAUCGGAAAAAAAGUUUUAGCGAGAGUUCUUUCAAGAGAUAAGAAUGGCGAACGUUUCAAUUUCACCUUAAAGAGGUCAUUAGUAGAAAGUAACCGUCCAAUUCUAUCAGAAUUCACUCAAGCUCAAGUUGGUUCUACAUAUUUAGGAACGGUCAUCAAUAAAAGUGGAAAAGGGCUAUUAAUAAAAUUUUAUGAGGAUUUGAAAGGUGUAAUUCCAUCGAAGGCACUACGAAAUAUUCCAGGAGGAAUUAAAGCCUUCAGAGAGGGUCAAGUAAUUGAGGUGAAAGUGGCUAAUGUCAUCAUUCAAGAGCGCAGGUUAAUCCUAGAGCUCGCCACAGCAGAUAAAAAAAGGAUGAUAUGUCCAUUUGAAAUAGGAGAAACGGUAGAGGGAAAAGUCAUCGACUCUUCUGUAGAAGGCGUCCAUAUUCGCAUUCUAAAUCCCUCUGGAAACGAUGCUAUUACAGCAUAUUUGCCAGCAGGACAUAUGUCCCCUUGUGAGAAAACAGGAAAACAGAUGGCUGCUCUUUCAGUUCCUGGCGAUACUAUGUCAGCCCUCGUCUUCUCCACAACACCAGAAUUCAUUUUAACGACAACUUUGAACCCUCAGAAGUGGUAUACAGACAUAAAAAACCUAUCCGUAAGUGAUUGCAUUCCUUGCUCUAUUACCCAAAUCAAUACAACAGGAAUUGAAGUGCUCUUACCGGUGAAGGACUUGAAAUGCUAUGGAAUUGUCUCACUCAAUAAAAUAGACAAUAUCAAACUGUUAUUCAAACAUCAAAUAUUGUUCGGAAAAAUCACUCAAAUUAAUAAAAAAACUCAGGUAAUUCAUCUCACAACCAUUUUCCACGAAGUCUGGUCUUCAGCUGUGGAAAAUGAUACGGACCUCAUUGCUUCUGUCGACGUUCUCGCUUUAUAUCUUUCAAAAUUAAAACAGCUAGCCUCAUUCAGUUAUUAUAGUACUCACAAAAUUUCAAAAAUGAAACUGGGUCAGAAAGUGUCCGGAGUGGUUGAGACAAUAACCGAAAAUGGAACAGUUAUCAAGUUAAAUGAUGGUGUCCCGGCAAUCGCACGUAAAAGCCACGCUGAAAAAUCGCUGAAAAUUGGAGAUAAAGUGAAUGGCUCUAUCCUCUGGAUUAAUUACGUGGAUGAGCUUGUGGAAAUUACAUUAGAUCCAAUUUUGAUGAAUGCUAUCAAGCCUAAGCAGAAUGAAAUUCCUGAAGAUGCUCUUAAAAAAAAGUUGAAAGGAGAAAUUGUCUUGAUCAACAGGUGGUUUGUUCUGGUUGUGUUGAAAGGUUGUGGUAAAGGAAACCUCGUAGCUUUACCCACCAAAGCGCAUGUUAACGAUCUGACACCUGAUUUGUCCAGCUAUAAGAUUGGAGCCAAGAUAAAGUGUUACGUUAUCAUGAAAGAUAAUGAAUCAGAGAUUAUCCCAAUCGUUUAUAGGAAUGCUGGCUUUGUCACACCAAAACUCCAUAAGUCUGGGAUGGUCGAUUGUCAAGUGAAGAUGGACGACAAUAUAACACCUGGUGAUGAAUUCGUUGUAAGCGAAACAAUACAAAAAAAAAGGAAAAGACACCUGGAAAAUGUUACGGAAAAAAAUAGAGCCAUGAAGAAAUUAAAAACUGAUCCUAUAACUAACUCCUCAUCCCACAAAACAAAAUCAAUCAAAACAAAGAGAGAAAUAGCACUCAUAAAGUCAAAAAAUGAAGAACAACAAGAAAUGUUUACCUGUGCAAAUGAAUCAGAGGGUUUGGUAACAUUCGCCUUAGCUGAGGAUGCCGAAGAUGCUAAUAAAAAAACUGAAAAUGAACAACAAUCGGAGGCAGGAAAGUUGGGUAUUCCAGAAUGUGGUUUUGUUUGGGACUCUAAACCGGACAUUUCUCCCCACCAUAAUAAAGAGUCCAGUGAUGACGAAGACGCACAGGAAGGUCAGUUUUCCCAGAAAAGUAAUAAAUUAAGCUCAGCAGAACGAAAAGUAUUGGAGUAUCGGAGAGAAAGUGAAAUUAGAAAGAGAGAGACACAAUUAACCAAUAAUUACGUGCCUAAUUCAGUGGAUGAAUUCAACAGACUCGUCCUGGCUAGUCCCGACAGUUCUUUUGUAUGGCUACAAUAUAUAGCAUAUUUUCUUCAUACCACAGAAAUUGAAAAAGCAAGAGCGGUCGUUAAACAGGCUUUGAAGACUAUCAAUUUCAGAGAGGAAAAUGAGAAACUAAACAUCUGGCAGGGUUGGUUAAAUCUUGAAUCCCGAUUUGGAACUGCAGAAAGCUUGAACAGGGUUUUCCAGGAAGCUAUUAAGACCAAUGACUCCCAGAAGAUCUAUCUUCAUAUGUUGAAAAUUCACGGAGAUUCUCGGCGGAUGGAUGAAAUAGAAAGAAUUGUGAAUACUAUCACAAAGAAGUUUAAGAGCUCUCAGGAAGUGUGGGUUGAAUGCGGAGCUAUGUUGCUAAAAAUGGGAUUGAAGGAAAAAUCUAGAGAAAUAAUGCAGAGGGCUAUUCAGUCUCUUUCUGCAGCAGAUCACGUGAAUCUUAUGGUAAAGUUCGCCCAAUUGGAGAAUAACUUUGGAGAUAGCGACCGGGCGGCGACUCUGUUCGAGAAAAUUUUGACAUCUUAUCCAAAAAGAGUUGACGUUUGGUCCAUUUACGUCGACGCUUUAAUCAAGUCAGAUAACUAUGAUUCUGCAAGAAAAGUUCUAGGACGGGCUAUUAUCCAAACACUCUCUGCAAAAAAGAUGAAAACGUUAUUCGAAAAGUACAUUGCUUUUGAAACAAAGUAUGGAACACCUCAAAGCAUCGCUCAGGCGCGUGACCUUGCGGUCCAGUAUGUAGAGAAUCAUUGUAGUGGAGGAAAUUUUGAAAUCGAUUAGUUAAACCCUUCAAUUCCUUAGUAAUUUGCAUAUCGGCCAUUCGAGAGUGUUUACGCGUUUUUCUCGGAAGUUCUCUUCUAGAAAAUUAAUCGACCCGGUCAUUAUCAGUCCUUCUCAGAAUUAAUCUCAUAAUUCUCUGAAUUCUAUACUAUUCUAGCUGAGCUCUUUUAUUGUGACAUAUUUGAGUGUAACUAACGAAUUUUUUACUCAUUAAAUUGACUUUAUUUGGCCAGCA